AUGGGUUGUUUUAGCAAUGGUUCACAAGGCUCUGGAGACAAGCUUAGGAUUCCUAAGGUUAAAAGCAUUAAAGCUGGUCAGCUCUUCAGCGCUCAAAAUUCUGCUUCUGCUAUUUCAUUUCCUGAGGGUAACUACGUUGAUGAUCCUUCCAGAAGUCAAAAGGAUGGGAAAAAUGCUCCACAGUACAAUACACUGAUUUUUGAAGCACUUUCAACCAUCAAAGAUUCAAAUGGAACUGAUAUUGAUGCCAUUGUUGGCUUUAUUGAGCAAAGGCAUGAUGUGCCUCAAAAUUUCAGAAGGUUAUUGAGUUUGAGGCUGAGAAGGCUUGUUUUGCAAGGCAAACUUGAAAAGGUUCACAACUGCUACAAGAUCAAAGAUGCAGAGUUGGGAACAAAAACGCCUACACCAAAACAAAAUGAUGUCAGGCCAAGGCCAUCCCAAAAUUCUCGGGUAAUCAUCGCUAGUGAAACAGUGGAAGAUGCUGCAAUGACUGCUGCCUACAAGAUUGCUGAAGCGGAAAAUAAGUCCUUUGUAGCAGCUGAAGCUGUUAAAGAGGCAGAAAGGGUCUCAAGGAUGGCUGAAGACACUGAAGCAGUGCUGCAGAUAGUGAAAGAGAUCUAUGAACAAUGUUCACGAGGUGAAAGUAUUCUCUGGGCUUAA